GAGCGCGGGGCGGGUGUAGGCAGCUCCUCCGUGCACGGCGGCAAUUGGCUGCGUUCUUCUCUUCUGUCUUUAGCUACUUCCUAUUGCACAUGGUGGGCCAAACCCUGUCAGCAGUGCACACACACUCACACACUUUUAGGUGAAUUCACGCACGCUAUGUUGCCACAGUGUGCGUGAUGCUGCCGGAGCCCAAAGUCCCCCCACCCCUCCCGGUCUGUGGCGCAGUCUCUUAUCUAAAUGUUUGAAGAUUAACAACGUUGUCCGCGUCCUGUAGAGCACAAGCUACUGCCAGCUGUAACCUGCAGGCUAGGAAGCCGACAGAGCAGGCUGACAGCGUGUCAAGGCGGGAGCAACAAAAUCGGGCUACGGCAGAGGACGGAACCAUGACGGAGAAACGGAUGUCACGGUGGUACUUCGGUGGGCUGGCGUCUUGCGGAGCCGCCUGCUGCACGCAUCCCCUGGAUCUCCUCAAGGUGCAUCUGCAGACACAGCAGGAAGUGAAGAGAAGGAUGAUGGGGAUGGCUGUUCAUGUGGUGAAGACUGAUGGGGUAUUGGCCCUUUACAACGGCCUCUCUGCCUCCCUUUGUAGACAGAUGUCCUACUCCCUCACCAGAUUUGCCAUCUACGAGACAGUGAGGGACAUGAUGGGCAGCACAAGCCAGGGCCCCAUGCCCUUUUACCAGAAGGUCCUGCUGGGGGCCUUUGGAGGUUUCACUGGCGGGUUUGUUGGCACGCCAGCAGACAUGGUGAAUGUCAGGAUGCAGAACGACAUGAAACUACCACCAGAACUAAGGAGAAACUACAAGCAUGCCAUCGACGGGCUCUUCAGAGUCUUCAGAGAAGAGGGUGUGAGGAAACUGUUCUCGGGAGCCACCAUGGCCUCCAGCAGAGGAGCGCUGGUCACUGUAGGACAGCUGGCGUGUUAUGACCAGGCCAAGCAGCUCGUCCUGGGAACAGGCAUUAUGGGAGAUAACAUUCUCACACACUUUCUUUCCAGCUUCAUUGCUGGAGGCUGUGCUACAUUCUUGUGUCAGCCUCUGGAUGUACUGAAGACGAGGCUGAUGAGCUCAAAGGGAGAGUACACAGGAGUGACACAUUGCUUACGAGAAACUGCCAAGCUGGGUCCUCUGGCAUUUUACAAGGGUCUCGUUCCCGCAGGGAUCCGUCUGGUUCCUCACACAGUGCUCACCUUCGUGUUCCUCGAGCAGCUCAAGAAAUACUUCGGCAUUCGCAUCAUCUCUUGAGCAUGGCCGCUGUUCAACCAGCCACCAGCUCUGCUGCUCACAUCGCCUUGUCAUUGGUCUUCUCUUGGCAUUUAUAAGAAAAUAAGGGAAGAGGAUCACAUACAGUUUAUUUAGACUAGACAUGUUUUCCUUUUCCUUUUGCUCUACCUCUGUCUCACGGCUAGAAGCAAAAUGAUUGAUUGUUGAGCAGCAAGGGAAGGGACCAGUACUGGAAUUAACAGAUCAACAUGUUUCUGAGACGGAACAUGUGGAGUGGAAGAGUGGAAAGGUGCUGUAAUUUAGUCAUCAUGAUGAUCAGCAGGGUUUAGAGAGGAGAUUAGAAUUAGCCCUAGCUGAUGGUUAAUAUUGUUGUCCGCUGUCAUUUCUUGUGCGGCUAGUUAGUUUUGAGAAUAAGUGUUAAUUUUGAGUUCAGAUGCAAUUUAUCUGUAAUGUUGACUGACUAAAUUUUUACUUCGACUAAUUCCAGAUCAGAUUUUGUGAUUUAUGUUCUUAGUACUCAAGCCUAAGUCAGCAGUGGUGCACCUUCAGAGCCCACACCCCAUGCGUAAUGAUUGUGGCUUAUAGAUAAAUUGGAGCCAAGAAUGUCUUUCAUUAGUCAUCUGCAACAUUUUAUUAUUGUCAUGUUAGUCUAGGAUAGACAAUUUGAUUUAACAAAUGCAGAAAAUGCAAACAAACAGGGCAUAACCUUGUCACCGGUGCCAUUCUUUCCCAGAAGUCAUUACUAAAACAUGACUGAACAAACUGAACCACUUAGUAGUAAUCAUUUCCAAAAUACGUGGUGACCAAAUGCGAUUCACCCUGACUUUAGCAGAGGUGAUUUAUUUGUUUGCUUUUUCUUAACUAAAUUAAUGUUUUAGAAUUGAAAACCAACUACUAGCAGGUUAAAAUGUGUUUUACCUUUACUUCAUUCCGACUUUCUUUCAUCAUUUCACUUUCAAACAAGCUUGUUUGGUGAUUUUAAGUAGCGAGUUUGUGGGGAAACUGUGAAGCGGAGAAAGUUGAUGACUGAAAUCCUGACAAAGGUACUUUUUGAGUGGCUCUUUUAGCCUUCCAGUCCUGGUGAAAUUCUGUAUGACCACUUGAUUUCUUAAAGUUCUUACGGUUUUGAAUGGAAAUGCCUUUAGAGAGCUGCUGCAAUCUUCAAGUGUACUUGUAGCAAUUCCAUCUGUAAUGUUACUGUCUCGUUUGGCUGAAUGUGUGUCAGACUUUAUGACUCAGGAUGCUGCUCUGUUUUAUGAGGCACUUUACUGACAUACUAACCUGCUGUGUAGAAACAUGUGCUACAUUCGAAAAGUAAAAAUGUAGAUGUUUUCAGAUGUUUAGAAUUUAAAAAAUGUCAAUGCUCCAAGUGAGGAGCAGUCUGUGAUCUUCUGUGGCUCCUUUUAGACCAGCAAUAAGUCUGACUUAGUUCAUUGAAUACAUUUUCGUUGCGAGCCUGCCCUGUUGACAGAAACAUUGUCAAGUCAUGUUGCCUUACAGUGUAUGUCCUCCAGGGGGCAGUAUAGUGACGUGCGAAUGAAACUGAUGCGGACAACAUGAGCGAUCCUCUUUGGAACAUCUAGUUAAGUCCUGCAUACUGUAUACUGUAAAACUCCAUGUUCUUAUCUCAGCUGUCUGAGAUACUGCAGAACCAUGUUAAGUGAUGUCAACCCCAAAAUUCAUAUGCACAGAAAUUUAAUUGGAGGGACUCACAGUUUUGGGUGUUGUGAAUUUGUGUUUUUCAGAUCACUAACUAAUGUUGGAAUUAAAGUACUAAUGUGAAAAUA